UUUGUAGAUUAUCCAAAUUAUAAUUUAUUUUCGCUGGAUGGAACUAGGGCGUGCGGCUUUAAAGAGGUUGACAUAACGGAAAGCAACUUGACUCCGUUUGUAAGUAACUGGUAUCGACUGAAUCAAUGAAGCAGGCAUGCAGAAACUCGGAGGGGGAGAAAUGAAGAUCCAUCACUUUAUCAGGGCCGUUUGUCUUCUAUUUCCAGCGUUCGUCAUAUGUGAGUCGACGAGCCGCCAUGUUCGAGUAAAGCGAAUAGUGGGCGGAGCGCCGCUCGAGGUUGGCCAAUGGCCGUGGCUGGUCUCCCUCCACUUCAGACAGGACCACCCCUUCACCAACAGGACCAGGCUACGUCAUCUGUGCACGGGGUCCUUGAUUCACCCGCGGUGGGUCCUUACAGCAGGACAUUGUUUCGAUGGAAACGAGUGGCCUACGCUCAAUAACAGCAGGAAUUGGGUUGUCGUUCUUGGAGAGCAUAACCAAUACCGACGAGAGGUUGGAGAACAGCGAAUUCGAAUACGUAGAUAUUUUGUACACCCCGAGUAUUCAGCCAGGCCGCUGCUGCGAGAUUUCACUUUGAUCAAGCUCAAGAGACGAGCUCGCCUCACGCCCACGGUGCAGCCCAUUGGGCUCGACUCACAAGGCCGCUGUGAUAACGUCGGCACCGAGGUCGCUGUCGCCGGAUGGGGACAGAUCGCGUACGAGCCGUUUGGCUGGGGAAUGUUCAUCCCGCUGUGGGUGAACGUGACUGUGAUGCGCAAGGCGCCGUGUAUCCGCAGCUACGACGCCGUGCCCGACGACGACCCCGACAAGGCGUACUACCAGCCCCGCGACGACACCAUCAUGUGCGCCGGCACGCCGCCUGGCGGCAAGGACGCGUGCUUGGGCGACUCUGGCGGACCCUUGGCGUGUUUCCACGAUGACCGCUGGCUACUGACGGCCGUUGUUUCGACUGGACACGACUGCGGACACGCCGACUACCCCGGGCUGUACACGAUGGUGAGACCCUACCUGGACUGGAUCCAAUACACCAUGGACAACAACUGAGUGAUCUGAUUGCGCACUCACCAACACCAACUACACACAGUCGGAGAAAUACUAGCGUGUUGUGGUCCACUGUAUUUCAAUCACUUCACUGUUAUACAAUAAAACGUAGACUUGUAUUA